AAGAAACAUUCUUUGAUGCACCAGAUCUCCCUUUAUCUACCUUCAACCCCAUCUCACAAGCAUUAAAGAAUUUGAUCCGUUGGGACAGAAAACACACCACCUCAGCCCAUUGUAAGAUCAGGGCUUGCGAAGCCCAAGCCCAGCUCGCUGAAGAGUAAGGCGAAGACGAACACAUUUCACAUGCAAAUCAAGGGUGCACCGAAGAGCUGAUCAAUGGAGUCAGAUCAUGUUGCUUCAAGAACCCCUGCUGUCUAAAUCUGGACCGUGGAGCUUUUGAUGCGCCUACCCGGGACUACUGUUUCGAUGCGCAAGUUCGACAAGUUGGACCAUAUUCAUGCUUAAGGUAUUAUUCUGCUAGUCAGUCUCUCCCAUUGAAUGUCUCUAUGAAUAUUCGUUUCAAUCAUGUACCUGACCAAGCGUCUAUAUACUUCGACGAAGUUGGAAAUUUUAUGCUUAACCCUAAUUCCCGUAUCUUGAGAUGACAACAGUCACUUCAUAUAAGCUACAAAGCAUUCUUUAAUACCUCAAUACCAUGUACUCCGUAAUAUUGGAUCUUAGUAAUGCCGAGAAGCACCAAGAGUCUCUGAAGGCAGCUGUCUCAAUACCUGACGUUGACCACGGUGAUAACAAUGUCCGUUCACAAUCGGCCGAAACAUUUGUCAUACGGCAACGGGGAUCCGAAAACGCGAGAGCCGAGCCAUUCCUCUCGAUCAACGUUAGUAGUUCUCAACGUUAAGCGGGAAUUAAUUGCCGUUGUUCAGGUGUUGCAACCUAUAGUGUAAUAAGACCUCCCAAGGUAUGACGACAGUGGUGGAGCGAAAGUGGUGAUGCGACAUGAAGAUCAGAGAACGGACUUAGACCUGAUUUCUAAUUUAUUUCCGAGUCUUGAGAAUCGACCCUAGAAGCAGAACAGUGUCAUUGACUUCAAGGGAAUUCACUAGUCGACAUCAGAUAGGACAUACGCAGUGCGUUGAAUAUAAAUAUGAGCCCUGGCUCUCUCAUCACGGCCGAACAUCCCUUUGUACUUGUAACGUUAACAACAGCCAUGGCGCCUAUACAUCGAAUAUUCUCAUCGGCUAAUAACAAGCCCUAUCGAACUAAGCAACUUGAAGAAGAAAACCCCCCGUACUUAAACGAGGAUGGCUACGUCGACUUUGCACCAGGCGACAUUCAAAACCCGCAGAAUUGGUCUACUGCUCGGCGCUGGUCUGUCACGUUCUCAGCUGUGUUGCUCGUACUGAAUGCUACUUUUGCAUCGAGCUCGCCAAGUGGAUGCUUCCCGUCUAUCUCAGAACACUUCCAUGUAUCCGAGUUGGUAGCAGGCUUGACCAUCACCCUGUUUCUACUGGGUUACUGUGCCGGACCGCUCAUCUUCGCACCACUAAGUGAGCUCUACGGGAGAAGAUGGAUCUUCUACAUCACCUUUAUGCUAUAUAUCAUCUUUAACUUUCUUUGCGCCUGGGCACCUAACUUUGGCGCCCUCCUUGUCGGCCGUUUCCUCACUGGAACGUUUGUCUCUGCACCCCUCAGCAACGCACCUGGCGUACUCGCAGACCUGUGGACCCCAAUCGAGCGUGGCAAUGCCAUGGCAGGAUUCUCUGCUAUGGUAUGGGUCGGGCCAGCAUUAGGUCCUGUUAUUGCCGGGUUCCUCGAGCUAAAGAAGGACUGGCGUUGGAGUUUCUAUGUCCUUCUCUGGCUUGGUGGUGCAACAGGUCUCAUCAUGUUGACUAUUCCCGAGACACAUGCUCCCACAAUUCUCCUUAAGAAGGCUCGAAGAAUAAGAAAGGCAAAGAUUCCUGGUUAUGAGAAUGUCAAAGCUCGAUCUGAAGAGGGUGAUCGUACACUGAAGACUGUGUACCGUAUCGCCUUGACCAGACCGUGGAUUAUCCUCUUUGACACCAUAUCCUUUCUCUGCGCAAUCUAUAUGUCUGUAGUCUACACGUUAUUAUAUAUGCUUUUUAGCAUCUAUCCAAUUGUGUUUCAGCAGCGCCGUGGCUGGAACUCCGGUGUUGGAGAGCUGCCCUUGAUUGGAACUGUUAUUGGUGCAUUCAUCGGUGGUGGCAUAGUUUUGAUCGAUACGCGAAUUCGAAAGAAAAAGAUUGAGAAUGGGGACAAACAAAUGGAGCCCGAAGAUAGAUUGCCAUUGGCAAUGAUUGGAGGUGUUGGAUUUGCCGUGACCAUGUUCUGGUUUGCAUGGACGGCUGAGUAUAACUCUAUCCAUUGGAUCGUACCGACGCUGGCGGGAACUUUCCUCGCUACAUCUUUAAUGUUGAUCUUCGUGGCUUUCUUGACGUAUCUCGUCGAUGUUUAUCUUAUGUACGCGGCAUCUGCUAUUGCAGCCAAUACCAUUGCUCGAUCAGCAUGCGGAGCUGCUGCUCCCUUAUUCACAACACAAAUGUUCGAUACACUGGGAGUUGGUGGCGGCGGAAGUCUAAUCGGAGGGGUCGCUACAGUUCUAGCCAUUAUCCCGUUUCUGUUCUACAGAUACGGUAAGCAGAUUCGAAUCAGAAGCAAAUUUGCGCCGACAGAAGAGAAGAGCGAAGCUAGAGAGAAAGAUGAGGAACUGGCUGACAACAAUGCCAUUGCUCGGAGGAAUAGUGUUUUAUCUCAUUCAGAUAGCCAGAGUAGCUCGGAUACCACAGUGGCCGCCGCAUGA